AUGAAUCCAUUGAUUUGUGCCUCAAAUGGCAAAUGCGAUAUCAAUGUAAUGACGAGACGGAUGUGUAUUAAAUGCAGACUUGAAAAGUGUUUUGCUGUCGGCAUGAAAAAUGAUUUACUACAAAGUGCUGAACAACUCAACUAUAGAAAUGAAAUGAUCAAAGAAAAUAAAUCAAAACACAAACCCAGCGAUGAAACCGAUAAUUCAAGAAUUGCCAAGUCGAGACUUGUAUGUGAUGUUUGCGGUGAUAAAGGCCGAGCCCGAAACUUUGGUGCCAUAACUUGUGAAUCGUGUAAAUCAUUCUUUCGUAGACACGGACUGAGAAAUGAGCCAUUCAAUUGUCCGUCAAAUGGGAAAUGCGUUAUAAAUGUAUUGACGAGAAGGCACUGCAAUAAAUGCAGACUUGAAAAGUGUUUCGCUCUCGGAAUGAGAAAAGAAUUAAUAAGAGGUUAUGAAGUAAUUAAAUCAAAGCAUAAACCCAGCAAUGAAUCCCUCAAUUAUACUGAUUUCUCUAAUAAUAAUAAUUUACACAAUUAUUCAUUGAUUGACACAACUAUUGAUGAAAAUUUUACGUUUGAUUUAUUAGACAAUAAUUUAAUUAAUAUCAAUGAUAUUGAAGAGCAACUGAUUGUCAGUAAAAACAAUACAAAUUCUGUCGUAAAAUAUGUCAACAAAAAUUCAGGCAAAGAAUUGCCAAUAAUUCCUGUAUUUAAAACAAUCAGUGAUUAUAAUGGUAUCAAUCAAUUGGAGUUCAGCCGUAUAUCUGAACUACUGAUCGCUUACAACAACACAUUUAAUUCAGGAUUGAAUACCAAUACACACAAUACAACUGUCCAUAAGGUUAACGAUUUGCAAGAAUUAACGACCGGUUAUAACGACUUGAAUGAGGAGUUCAUUAAAAUAAUUGUUAAAUUCACAAAAAGUCUGAACGGAUUCAACAAUAUCUGUGCCGACGAUAAGUAUGCGCUUAUGAAACACGGGGUUAGAGAUCUGGUGCUCAUCCGUUGCCUUAAAUACUAUAACUUAGAGAUUGAGUGUUUUGUCGCACAGAUUUUGGCGGCUAUCAUACUAUUUAACCCAAACCACCCUAAUUUAUUGCACAAAAAUAUAAUCAGACUCGAACAACAACUGUAUAUAUAUUUACUGCAAAGAUAUCUACUAUUGAAAUAUCGCUCGGAAUUUGAAUCGCAGAUGAAAUUACAACAAAUAAUGGAUUCGUUGAAAGACAUCAAUACUUUGAAUCAAAUCCAAACCAAACAUUUUGAUGUCUGCAAACCAGUGGUUUCACACACUUUCAAUGCACUAAACGCUUGA